AUUCCGAUGUGUUUGGUAUCGCCGUGGGUUACCGUCGUCGCAGACAUUGGUGGUGUGCAUGAGAUCGUUCACAUUGUUACUCUAUUAUAUUUUAUGCAUGCAGUUUAUGCUGUCUAAAAAUUACUUGUGUAACCUACGAAUAUAAAAUUUUUUAUUUUUGCUGAUUCGUUUUUUCCAUCAAAUUUUGAUUGUUUAGUAUGGCAAAUGAUAAUAAGAUUGAUUUUCCUGUGUGGGGUUUGUUACCGAAGAGAGAAACGGGUGUUGCGGCAUUUCUUAGCAAAAAUCCCGAAUACGAUGGUAGGGGAGUAAUUAUCGGUAUUCUGGAUUCGGGUAUUGAUCCUGGUGCACCUGGAUUGCAGAAAACUAGUGAUGGAAAGCCAAAAAUUAUUGACAUGAUGGAUGCUUCUGGGGCAGGAGAUGUUGACACAUCUAAAAUAGUAGAGGCAACAGAUGGAGAAAUUGUUGGAUUGACUGGAAGAAAAUUAAAGAUUCCUUCAUCUUGGAUAAAUCCUAGUGGAAAAUAUCAUAUAGGAAUUAAAAAUGCAUAUGAUUUAUAUCCAAAAUCAUUAAAAGAAAGAAUUCAGAAAGAGAGAAAAGAAAAGCAAUGGGAUCCAAAUCAUAAAUUAUUAUUAGCAGCUGCAAUUCGUGAACUUCAAGAAUUUGAUGAUAAACAUCCAAACACUAAUCAGAUUCCUUCAUCUUGGAUAAAUCCUAGUGGAAAAUAUCAUAUAGGAAUUAAAAAUGCAUAUGAUUUAUAUCCAAAAUCAUUAAAAGAAAGAAUUCAGAAAGAGAGAAAAGAAAAGCAAUGGGAUCCAAAUCAUAAAUUAUUAUUAGCAGCUGCAAUUCGUGAACUUCAAGAAUUUGAUGAUAAACAUCCAAACACUAAUCAGCUAAAUCAAGAUGAUCGCUUUCAACGAGAUGAACUUGAAGCAAGGGUUGAUGUUCUCAACUCAUUAGAUAAAAAGUAUAAUGAUCUUGGCCCAGUUUAUGAUUGUGUUGUAUUUCAUGAUGGAAAUACUUGGAAAGCAGCAGUGGAUAUAAGUGAAACUGGAGAUCUUGAAUCUUGCACUUUACUUAGUUCAUAUCGUGAAAUGAUGCAAUAUGCUGUUCUAACUUCUAAAGAUAUGCUAAAUUAUUCUAUUAACAUAUAUGAUGAUGGGAAUCUUUUGGAAAUUGUCAGUAUGUCAAAUAUGCUAAAUUAUUCUAUUAACAUAUAUGAUGAUGGGAAUCUUUUGGAAAUUGUCAGUAUGUCAACAUCUCAUGGCACACAUGUUGCAAGUAUUGCUGCAGCAUACUUUCCUGAUGAACCAGAGAGAAAUGGUAUUGCACCAGGAGCACAGAUUGUUAGCAUAGGUAUUGGAGAUUCUCGUUUGGGAUCUAUGGAAACUGGCUCAUCUCUAGUAGCAGCAGUGGAUAUAAGUGAAACUGGAGAUCUUGAAUCUUGCACUUUACUUAGUUCAUAUCGUGAAAUGAUGCAAUAUGCUGUUCUAACUUCUAAAGAUAUGCUAAAUUAUUCUAUUAACAUAUAUGAUGAUGGGAAUCUUUUGGAAAUUGUCAGUAUGUCAACAUCUCAUGGCACACAUGUUGCAAGUAUUGCUGCAGCAUACUUUCCUGAUGAACCAGAGAGAAAUGGUAUUGCACCAGGAGCACAGAUUGUUAGCAUAGGUAUUGGAGAUUCUCGUUUGGGAUCUAUGGAAACUGGCUCAUCUCUAGUGCGUGCUAUGAUUAAAGUUAUGGAAUCAAAUUGUGAUGUGAUAAAUAUGAGUUAUGGUGAACAUUCCCAUUGGUCAGGAGGACGAGUUUUAGAAAUUUUUCAUCAAGUAAUUAAUAAAUAUGGUGUCACUAUGGUUGUCAGUGCUGGAAAUCAUGGGCCUGCAUUAUCUACAAUUAGUACUCCAAGUAGUUAUAGUUCAUCAAUUAUUGGUGUAGGAGCUUAUGUUUCUCCAGAUAUGAUGAUAGCGGAAUAUUCUUUAAGAGAAAAAAUGCCAGGAAUGGGAUAUACAUGGACAUCAAGAGGACCUUCAAUGAUUGGAAGUUUAGGAGUUAGUGUAUGUGCUCCUGGAGGAGCAAUUACUUCAGUACCAAAUUGGAUGUUAAGAGGAUGCCAGUUGAUGAAUGGAACAUCUAUGAGUUCUCCACAUGCAGCAGGCUCUGUUGCUUUAUUGAUUUCAGGUCUUAAGGCUAAAAACAUACAAUGUUCUCCAUUUAGUAUAAGACGUGCAAUAGAAAAUACCGCUCUUAAAAUUGAAUCCUUUGAUUCAUUUAGCAUGGGCCAUGGCUUAUUACAAGUUGAAAAAGCUUUUGAGCACUUGGAAAAAUUUUCUAAUUGUUUAGAAAAUGAUAUCCGUUUUAACAUAACAUGUGGAUCAGGUAUGAAUGGUAUUUAUUUACGAGAAAGUCAUCAAUUGCAACGCCCUUCAAUCAUUAAUGUUACUGUAGAACCAAUAUUUCUUAAUGAUCAAAAUACAGAUCCAAAGAAAAAAAUAAAUUUCCAAUUGAAUCUUAAACUUAUUUGUGAUGCUUCAUGGAUUCAUUGCUCGUCUCAUUUAAAUCUUAAUUACACAAGUAGAACAUUUGCAGUUGAAGUGGAUCCUGUUGGACUUCCUAAUGGAGCUCAUUAUACUUCAAUUAGAGCUUUUGAUGCUUCAUGUAUUGAGAAAGGUCCUGUAUUUGAAAUACCUAUUACUGUGAUAAAACCACAAAGGUUUCCUGUGACACCAAAUUGGAAAUUAAGUUUUAAUGAUGUAUUAUUAGUACCGGGUAUUAUAAAGAGAGAGUUUUUAGAAGUUCCUGUAGGAGCAACUUGGGCAGUUGUUAAUAUACAGUCAGCAGACAGUCAACACGAUGCUCAUAUUGUUGUACAUGCAGUUCAGAUACGUCCACAAUGCUCAGUUAAAACCAAUGAAUUCCAUAAAAUGUUCUUCUUGAAUGCUCUUGCUGAAGUGACAUGUUCAUUUCCAGUUCAGGAGAGAAGAACACUUGAAUUAUGCAUAGCAAAAUGGUGGGCUAAUGUUGGUAAUUUAUUAAUAAGUUAUAAUAUCUCAUUUCAUGGCGUACAACCUAAUCAACAAAGCAUAGUUAUGCAAGGAGCUGAAAGUAUUCAUCGAAUAGAUGUUGCUUCAUUUUUGAGAUAUGAAGAAAUAAUGCCUGCUGUGACCCUGAAAUCCUAUGUUACUGUUCUUCGACCUUCUGAGAAUAAAAUUCAACCUCUUGGAUGCAGAGAUAUUAUACCUGAAGGACGUCAAAUAUAUGAACUGGUUUUAACUUACAAUUUUAACAUUAGUAAGAGUACAGAAGUGACUCCAGUGUGUCCAUUGUUAUCAGAUUUAUUAUAUGAAUCAGAAUACGAAUCUCAAAUGUGGAUGAUAUUUGAUUGUAAUAAGCAACUUCUAGGUAUUGGUGAUGCUUAUCCCAACAAGUAUUCUGUGAAAUUGGAUAAAAGUGAUUAUGUGAUGCGAUUUCAAGUUCGACAUGAGCAACGUUCUCUUUUGGAGAAAUUGACAGAUAUGCCUUUUCUACUCCAACAGAAACUUCCUUCUUCUCUUUCUUUAGAAGUAUAUGCAACUUAUUCACAAGCAAUAAUUGGUGGGAAAAAAUUUGCAAACAAAACACUUCCUCCUGGUGUUUCAUGUCCUGUCUUCUUUCCUCCUUUAAAUACUGAAAAGCUUCCAAAGGGUUACAGUGCUGGUCAAUAUUUAUUAGGAACAGUAUCUUUUUCUAAAGAUGAACUUGGAAAAAAAGCUGAUUCAUAUCCUUUUAAAUAUAUAAUACCAGAAGCUCCCAAAAAAGCAUCAAAAUCAACACCUGAAAAAGAAAAAUCUUUAGAAGAAGAAUACAAAGAAGCAAUAAGAGAUUUAAAAGUGUCAUGGGUGGCAAAAUUACCUAAUAAAGUAUCAUAUGAACUGUUUAAAGAAAUAAUAGAUGUGGAUAUGAAGCAUAUUCCUGUUCUUCAGGCUCGUCUUCAAGCAUUGGAUGCAGAUAAGGUAAUAGAUUUUAAUUUUAUUCUCACUGAAUGCAUUUUGUUUUUUAGCCAAGAAAAACAGAAAUCUGCUGUUAUUGAAGCUUUAGUAAAAAAAGGAAUAGCAUUAUGUGAUAUCUAUAAAUUUUCACAAAAUACUGAUUCUAUUAAAGAAAAACCAGAACCAACAGAAGUUACUUCAGAAGAAAAGAGUGAUGUUGAAAAUGAAUUAUCAAAACAAGAAACAAAAGAUAGUGAUGGCAAUAAUGUGACAGAAAAAGAAUCUGAGGAAACUGAUAAGAAAACACCUGUCUCAUCAACAUCAAAUAGUUUAGAAGAAAUAAAUAAAAUUUAUAGUGAAUUACAAAAGUGGACAGACAUGUCAGAUUCAAAGGUAUUGUCAAUUUAUUUAUUUGCAACAGAAUUUAAAAUCUGGCGUUUAAAUAUAGUUAGAUUCACUUAUCACAAAAUAAUUAAUUUUUUUGCUCUUUCCAUCCUGUAGGCACUAAGAGGGCAA